UUGUCAAAUUGUCACUGCUCUAUAGUCUCUGCUUGGCUACAAUGAAUGAAGUGGUCGUGUUUGUGUAAAUGAUUGUGGAACAAAGAAUUUACAAGACGAAUUAAAUGAGGCUCGGCAGAGUAUCGCUGUUUAACAUUACUCAUGAGUACGGAAGAGACUCUGUUGAACCUCGAUUUCGACAAGCCGCACAAUCCAAUUACGCUGCCGGAUGACGGCGUGGUAUCUCUAUCCAGUAGUGCUGAGGAAAUUUGUUUAGUGCCAGAGGUUGGUUUCGAGGGCAACGUGGAUUCCCCGGGGGUCAACCGGGAGUCCCAGCCGCUCCUGGGCGGCCGUGGCGACUUCGAAGUAUCCUACAACCAUUUUCCAGAUGACCCACAGUUCAGUGAGCUGGUAUGGCAGGCGGAGGUGGCCAUCGACAACAACAUAUUCCCGGAGAGGAUAUACCAGGGCUCCAGCGGCUCCUACUUUGUCAAGAACCCUGGUGGGAAAAUAAUAGGCGUAUUCAAACCAAAAGACGAGGAGCCUUACGGCCGGCUAAAUCCAAAAUGGACGAAAUGGAUGCACAAGCUCUGCUGCCCCUGCUGCUUCGGGAGGUCCUGUCUGAUCCCCAACCAGGGGUACCUCUCGGAGGCCGGCGCGAGUCUCGUCGACACGAAGAUUGGACUCAAAGUCGUGCCAAAAACUAGGGUGGUGAAGCUGGUAUCGGAAACGUUCAACUAUUUACGGAUAGACCGGGAGCGCUCGCGGCUCAAACGAGCCAUCACCGAGCAGUUCCCUAACCUGCGGUUUAAUAGGAUGGGCCUCCCGCCAAAGGCGGGAUCAUUCCAGCUGUUUGUGGAGGGCUAUAAGGACGCGGACUACUGGCUGCGGCGCUUCGAGCAGGACCCGCCGCCGGCGCACGUCAUGAGGAAAUUCCAGUUACAAUUUGAGCGGUUGGUGGUGCUGGACUACAUCAUAAGGAACACGGACCGCGGCAACGACAACUGGCUCAUCAAGUACGACGCGCCGCACAUCACGCCUCGAGGGGACGUCGACAUGACCGACCCUACUGUAAGUAACGUCAUAAAGAACACGGACCGCGGCAUCGACAACUGGCUCAUCAAGUACGACGCGCCGCACAUCACGCCUCGAGGGGACGUCGACAUGACCGACCCUACUGUAAGUAACGUCAUAAAGAACACGGACCGCGGCAUCGACAACUGGCUCAUCAAGUACGACGCGCCGCACAUCACGCCUCGAGGGGACGUCGACAUGACCGACCCUACUGUAAGUAACGUCAUAAAGAACACGGACCGCGGCAUCGACAACUGGCUCAUCAAGUACGACGCGCCGCACAUCACGCCUCGAGGGGACGUCGACAUGACCGACCCUACUGUAAGUAACGUCAUAAGGAACACGGACCGCGGCAUCGACAACUGGCUCAUCAAGUACGACGCGCCGCACAUCACGCCUCGAGGGGACGUCGACAUGACCGACCCUACUGUAAGUAACGUCAUAAGGAACACGGACCGCGGCAACGACAACUGGCUCAUCAAGUACGACGCGCCGCACAUCACGCCUCGAGGGGACGUCGACAUGACCGACCCUACUGUAAGUAACGUCAUAAAGAACACGGACCGCGGCAUCGACAACUGGCUCAUCAAGUACGACGCGCCGCACAUCACGCCUCGAGGGGACGUCGACAUGACCGACCCUACUGUAAGUAACGUCAUAAGGAACACGGACCGCGGCAUCGACAACUGGCUCAUCAAGUACGACGCGCCGCACAUCACGCCUCGAGGGGACGUCGACAUGACCGACCCUACUGUAAGUAACGUCAUAAAGAACACGGACCGCGGCAUCGACAACUGGCUCAUCAAGUACGACGCGCCGCACAUCACGCCUCGAGGGGACGUCGACAUGACCGACCCUACUGUAAGUAACGUCAUAAGGAACACGGACCGCGGCAACGACAACUGGCUCAUCAAGUACGACGCGCCGCACAUCACGCCUCGAGGGGACGUCGACAUGACCGACCCUACUGUAAGUAACGUCAUAAGGAACACGGACCGCGGCAUCGACAACUGGCUCAUCAAGUACGACGCGCCGCACAUCACGCCUCGAGGGGACGUCGACAUGACCGACCCUACUGUAAGUAACGUCAUAAGGAACACGGACCGCGGCAACGACAACUGGCUCAUCAAGUACGACGCGCCGCACAUCACGCCUCGAGGGGACGUCGACAUGACCGACCCUACUGUAAGUAACGUCAUAAAGAACACGGACCGCGGCAUCGACAACUGGCUCAUCAAGUACGACGCGCCGCACAUCACGCCUCGAGGGGACGUCGACAUGACCGACCCUACUGUAAGUAACGUCAUAAGGAACACGGACCGCGGCAUCGACAACUGGCUCAUCAAGUACGACGCGCCGCACAUCACGCCUCGAGGGGACGUCGACAUGACCGACCCUACUGUAAGUAACGUCAUAAGGAACACGGACCGCGGCAACGACAACUGGCUCAUCAAGUACGACGCGCCGCACAUCACGCCUCGAGGGGACGUCGACAUGACCGACCCUACUAACUGGCAGACGCCGGAAGUGUCGAUAGCGGCCAUCGACAACGGGCUGGCGUUCCCGUUCAAGCACCCGGACUCGUGGCGCGCCUACCCGUACCACUGGGCCUGGCUGCCGCACGCCAAGCUGCCCUUCUCGCAGGAGACCAAAGACCUAGUACUGCCGUUGUUAUCAGACAUGAACUUCGUCCAGGAACUCUGUGAUGAAUUACAUUUAUUAUUCAAACAAGACAAGGGGUUUGACAAGGGGCUGUUCGAGCGGCAGAUGUCCGUGAUGCGCGGCCAGGUGCUGAACCUCACGCAGGCGCUCAAGGACGGCAAGAGCCCCGUGCAGCUCGUGCAGAUGCCCGCCGUCAUCGUCGAGAGGUCCAAGAACGGGUCGACGUCCUCGCGGUUCUUCGACUCGUUCCAGCAGCGCUUCCAGCACAAGUCGCCCUUCUUCUCGUGGUGGUAGCGAACUAAACAAAUGGUGAUAAUACGCGGUGAAGCUAAUAGUAAAACAAUUGUAUCUAUAUUUAUGUAUGUAUUGAUGUAAAUUAUGUACUGCUGGAUUAUGUAACUUAAUUUAUACUAUAGUUUUAUAUCUUUAUUAAAAAAUGUACAACUUGUAUACAGUGGCGCGGCGCCUAUCUUUGACUUGAAUUUUGGUUUCUUAAUGUAAAGUUUGUGACAUUUUGAAUUGUCAUUUAUUUCCUGGAACAGUUUAUUGACCUAACUGGUUAUUUCUGAUAGGAUAACUAAUAACAAAGAGCUAUUGAUUGUAGCAAAGAGGUCAAGUCUAAGAAAUAGAGGUGCACUCUAUACUCUAAGCCAGUUGAGGGUAGAUAAAAUAUUACAUGAUCAAAUAUUGUAGGUUCAAGUCCGGUUGUUCAGUGACAGAUCCAGGUGGUUUUGUGUUUGGUUGGUUAACCAAUAAAUGUUAUUACUACCCAAAAAUGUACAAAUUGUUUGUUUACAUUUAUUUAAAUACCUAAAGAUACAGAGUAUAGUUUGAACGUCGUCGACAGGUGGCACUGUACUGUGCUAUAUUUUUUGUGGUCACUGAAUUGUUAAACAACUUUGGCAACCAAAGUUACCGCUUGUAGAGACCGUGUGUGUUGGAGGGUCUACCAUCUCGGGACCUGAAGCGAAAGAUCUAUUUCGCAUUGUACGGUCUACCAUCUAGUGGUUUAAAUCUAAAAAUCUUGGCUUCUGUGCUGCCAUCUACAGUUCAUACACGCUCCCUAUUGUAUGGUACCGUAUAGUGACAUCUGCUGCCCCUGUCUAAUUCGAGGCACGCAUGUGUCUUAGACUUUACACAUCUUAGACAACCAAUGGAUCUUUGCAAAUAAUAAAUAAAUGAUUCUAGGAAAUAAUCAAAUUUAAAUUUUGUUAACUGCGUACUUGAGGGAACAAAAUUGAUUGAUAGGUUCUCAAAUGUUAAUUAGGUUUUUACUUAUUUUACUCGAUGCAAAGUACUAAGACUAAAAUCCUAGAAUUAUAGGUAAGGUCAAUACGGCUAAGUGUGGCCGGCCGUCACAUUAGGGCCUGUAUACACAUUUAUUAGUGUUUAUUGCGCGUUCAUGCAUUUGCUACUUGCGUUUAGUGACAAAUGUAUGAACUCGCCCUAAACACUAAUCAAUGUGUAAACAGACCCUAAUGUGAAGGUUAGACACACUUAGCCGUGUUAAAGAGAAUUUGAAAUAGAGGUGGAUUGUCAAAGAAAACUUUGUAGCCACAGUAAAUUUUUUGACAUCUUUCGACACAUAAAUAAAACUUUUAGAAUGCCAUUUGACUUUGAUCCUUAUUCUUUCACUGAUAUGAUCGCUCGAAACGAUGCCGCCAUACUUUUGACCUAUGAUCUAUUAGAUGGCGCCACUUUUUAAUAUUUAACAAAUUUAACACAUCGAAAGAAUAAAGAUCAAAGUCAAAUGGCGUUCUAAAAGUUUUAAUCACGCGUCGAAAAAUUUAAUUUCAAAUGUACUCGUAUUUAAAAUUCUCUUUGUCCGUAUUGACCUUUCAUAUUUUACUCCACCCAAAGUACUGGACUGUUAAGUCCUAGAAUUCUAGGGAUCAUAAGAUCAUAGAGCAAACUUUAUUUAUUUUUUGUAUAAAAAUCUAAUUUACUUAUUCGUUCAGUGCUUACGCACUAAAUAUUUCCAUCAUGAACUUGCAUUAAGCAGCUUGCUACUUUUUUACAAUUUAAAUAUAUCACUAAUAUAAUACUACAAAAACAGUGGUUCAGUACAAAGUGUAUGUUUUAAAUAUUUUUUUAAUCAGCAGUACUAAGUAGAAAAUUUGUUUUUAUCAGUACAGGGGGCCUAGCCAAAAUGACAAUCGUUGAUAAAAAACGACUAUUGGAACUUAAAUAAUACAUGGAAAUACAAGUUACGCGACUUUCGGUAGAAUUUGGGGAUAACAGCCCGAUAUAUGUUUUUCUUUUCGUCAGGUGUUGGUACAAUCGUACAUCGGAUUGUCAUAUUGGCUAGGCCCCCAGUUAACCACAUAAAACGUACUUUUCUUACAUGGUACAUGAAAGAAGUAAACGUGCAGUGAAAUACAUCUACUACUGUAAUGAGUAAUGAAUUAGGGGUCAUGUUCAGACCAAAACUAGUCGAAUGUUUUACUGAGAUAUUUUUUUAUAUUUUACUUUCGUAUUACAAAACUAAUAAUUAUCCAAAACUGUGUGCUACUCUGUACACUUUAGCAAACUCGUCUCCAUUAAGUACCUUAUAAAAUGAAAAUCUAACUCAGUUUUAAAAAUAUACCUCAAAAAGUUAUCAAUCACUAGUUGACGGUUUGUAAAGGUAAUACGUUGUAUUGACUACCGACAUCUACAUUUUUAUAUUAAAAAUUAGCUUAACGACAUAUAUUUAGAAAUCAAUAGUUCGAGAUUACCUGUGUAAGUAUAAUAAAACAAGUAAAUUAUUUGACUAUUUACAAGUUAUAAUCAAUUCACAUACCAUACCGCAAAAGCUCUGAUUGUAAAGUUAUAUUUAGUUUACGCCCUGUAGUAUAAUAUAAGCAAAUUUAUAGUUAAAAACAACAUUGCCUAGGCGAAAUAAAAUCGUUUAAGUCCUGUGCACACCGGAUGCGUGUGCGUAUGCGUAGACGUGCACGUGCACGGUGUGCUCUGGCUUUUAUGUCAACUUCGCUUAAUAAUUUAUUUUUAUUUUCUUUUCUAUGUGUAAAAAUACAAGGUUCAAAUAGGUUUAUUAUUGUAGUUUUUUGUAUAUUACCUUUUUUAUUUUUGUAUAAUAUCAGCAUGUUUUAAAUUAACCCUUUUCCAGGCCGCACUUAUCUACGAUAGGUUAUCUAGCUUAGAUGAUUCAUUCGAAGAUAAGUCAUAUAAUAAUUUGAACCUUAAAUCGGAAUGUUAAAGUUGAAAUUCUAUGGGCGUAUGUGGACGAUAAAUUGGACUAUGUCUGGAAGAGCGUUAAGUAACAUGCUUAAACUAUUGCUUGUAUUGUACUAUAGCUGUCGAUUAAGUUUUAGUGUAAGGAUUUGUUAAAGUUUGUCUAUGGCUUGCCUAUUUAUUUCGAUCCUCGGUCAUAGCUCAUAGUACAAAAUGUGUUAUUCAAUAUAUGAAUAUUUGGUUACGAUAUUGUAUUUUCUUUGACAGAACUGUGUGAGCACGGCACGUGGAUAUCCUUUGCUAUUUCCAAAAUAAGUAACAUUAAAAUAUCGAAGCUUACAAUAAUGUUUAUUCAUUUCCUUGUAAAGCGUAAGAUGGACCAUUUUUUUUAGUUGUACACGACAUUAUUUUUAAUUUUUAUGUUGUUUCUAUUUGGAGCUCUUUCGAUCAUAAUAGGAAAAAAGUGACCCAAAUUAUCCACACAUUGUUCAAUCAUUUCGUUGCAGUCAUACAAAGUAUAUGAAAAAUGGUAACAGAAUGGAAAAAUCUUGGGACAAUUUAUUUUCUCGUAUCAGGAUCGAAAGAGUUCGGGAUUCUGACUUGCUAAAUUAUAAAAAUUAACAAAUGAAAAAAACACUGUAGUGUAACAACUUAAAAUAAAAAUGGACCUAAUCGACUUUCAAUUUCAAGAAGGGUUCUCAUUUCAGUUAGCACGUUUUUUUCGACUUUGCUGGAAUAUGUCUGUGCUCACACGAUUCUGGUAGUUCAUUCUCUAGACAAUAGUAGAAAAUCUUUCCGAAUGCACUCUUCUCAUAUGUAAUAAAGUAGUUCAAUUUACUUGGUAAAGAGAUCAAGUGCCUCUCGCAUUAUGAUUCUUAAUUUGUUAAAAAUUCUAUUGUACAAUCUUAUAAGCUUGGACAGUGAUGUUUGUUACUUAAUAAUACUACUAAAUUUCCUAUUGCCUUUAAGACCUGUACACACCGGAUAUGUGUGCGUAAACUUGCAUACAGUAGGCACUCGGUAAUCUGAAACCCUAAUUUUUCCCUUUUGCCGGAUUCAUGGAAGUGCCGAAUUAGUGGAGAUGUAUGGGAAAUAUAAGCACGAAAACAAACACGUGGCAAUACUGAACAAUGCAACCACUCUGUAAUCCGGCGUUCGGCUAUGUAAACUGCUGGAUUAAAAAGCAGGUCAUCAAAGACGCUAACCGCCCGAUUAUUGGACGUGCCGGAUUGACGAGCAUCGGAUUACCAAGCGCCUACUGUAUACAGAUCCUUAAAAGACACGGUACACCGCUUGCGUGAUGUGUGUGCGCUUGGCUCGCAACGUGUUUGGACACGUGCACGUCUACGCACACGCAGCCAGUGUGCUCUACCCUUUAGGUCUACAGCUUAUUUCAGACGGUUGGUUUGAAAGUCAUUGUGGCUCAGUAAAUAGAUAUCCACCUCAAUAACCGUUUGAUUCAUUUGGUAAGGCUGUAGCAACUGAUACGAUUGAUAUCUUAUUUAUGAAGUAGCAGAAGCUAAAACGAAUUAUAGAGCAAUUAACUUUUCAGUGGCUUCAGUGCCCAGUGAUUCCAUAUAGUGUCGGUACAAAAUCCUAUGAUGUCGGUAUAAGACAUAUAUAUAAGUGCCUGGGUUCCCAAUAGUGGCAACUCGAGUCUUUAGAGUCUAAAUUGAAGAACUCUACUUGUUUUUACGACACUCAAGCCCCGACCCUUAUUGAGUCUUUUUUAAGCGCAACUAAAAAAACUCGAGUCUCCGAAUAAAGACCAGUCAACAAUUUUAUAGGUUUUACCUAAACAACAGUAAAGGAAAUAGGCGUUAUUGUAUGAUUUAUGUUAUGUAUAUCCAUGAAUUUUACAUUAAGGCAAGGGAUUUCGAAGUUAUUUAUUAAAAAACUACAAAUUCCGAAAAGGACUCAAGUAUCUACAAAACUCGAGUUUCGUCUUAAUUAUAAGAGUCUGAAAUCUAAUGAUCACUGAGACGAGUCUUAAAGUAGAGGACUCAUAGGACUCGAGUCUUAACCAACACUAGUUCCCAAGGGUGAUCAGUGAUCACUGAAACGACAAUCUUUCAAGGGGAGCCGCCGUCAUGGACAUAGGAAAUGCGGUAACUGUAGUGGACAUGUCAAGUUUAAGUUCCGGAAUUAUUCCACUAGGGGGCAGACCGUAUGCGGCUGCGUAUUCAAAAUGUUGGAGCCGUGCACGCGCACGUCACGCAAGCGGUGUGCCGUCUCAUAAAUAUCUUUAUAUUAGGACGCGCACUUCUACGCACACGCAUCCGGUGUGCACAUGCCUUUAGUGCAGUGGUGGGCAAACUUUCUUCAUGAGGGGCCAGAAAGUUUAAGAAAUUUAAGAGGAGGGCCAAAAUUGCAGCAUAAAUAUAUUUUACUUUGCUAUUAACGUGGCCCACGUUAAUAGCAAAGCAAAAUGCCAAUGCCAUAUACUAACUAUUUCAUAGGACCGGAGGAGGGCCGAAUAAAAUCCUUUCGCGGACCGUACUUUGCCCAUCACUGCUUUAGUGUGAAGUGUUAAUCAAGGCAGACACUCCAACGGGCACCGUUCCUACAUGAUUACAUCGUAGGUUAUUUAUUUAGAACCAUAAGUUAUUAUUACAAUGGAGGAGCCAUACCAAACAUUGCAAUUCUCGCAAUCGCAACCUGUACCACGCGACCAAAACGUUGUAAGCGCCGUAAAAUUCAUGGUACUUACACGUUUAAGUCGUGAGUUUCACGCUCCGCAUCUGUAGUUUGUUGUCAAAACAACUCAUGGCGCAAAAUAAUGAUUCUCUGUGUCGGUUUUAUACGUAGUAAUAAUAGGCCAAUGUACAUGUACCUAUUUUAAAAUCUGUCCAAGUUCUUUCGCAUCUAGUAGACGUAUUGUACAAGGGAAAGGCGUGAGAUCACCCGUUACGGUGUAAAGUAGUUAGUAACGUUGUAAAACGCGCACACAACACUAAGAACCUGGUUUCAUUAGCAAAGUUAUUGAUUAUUUAAGUACAUUAAACAAUGAUAAUAAAUACCGAAUAUCAUUUUGGCAGCUCUUCAUGCAUAAUGAGUAAUUUUCUCAAGUUUUCUUCUCAAUUAAGCUUUAAGAAAAAUAAACAUACAAAUGAACAUUGUAAGUAAAAAAAACGCUUGUAAAAUAGUAGGUAUAUUGCGAUACAAGUGCGAAAAGUAGGAAAUUCGCGACGAGUAGUGAUGAAUUAAAACACGAUCAAAGGGAGUUUUAAAUCAACACAAGUUGCGAAUUACUUUUUCGCUCGUGUAUCGUACAAUUUAACAAUGCAUAUGGUACUUUAAAUGUUCUACAGGCACGUAAAGUGCUAAUUCCGUAAAGUGCAGGUUCAAACUGAUAUAUUCGCUAACGUUUGCGUAACUUACUUUCUGUACAUGUCACUCGCACUAAUAUAUGAUAAAGUACGAGUAGGUUAUGCACGCGCUAGCGAAUACGUCAGUGUGAAACUGGUGGUAGACGUACUGGUCGCCAAUCGUAUUAAAUAGCUCUGUUUAGUAAUUUUUCAAGUCUAUAUGAAUUACCUAUUAAUUUUUGAUGUUGUGUGCGCGUCCUGUUAAUACAAAAUUAAUCGAUAGUUAGACGGAAACUGAUAUAAAUAUGUUAUGUGUAGCGGCGAGUGAGAUGCAUGUCUGCGGGACAUGUGUUGCCAUUUAGUUUAUCGCUGGACUUAUUUUUCUGACAAUAUCAGAUAAAUUGGUAAUCAAUAUCAACUAAAUGACAGGAUAUGUCACUUUUUUGGCUAUGCUAUGGGAAGAAAAAAUAAUUUACUAAUAAUUUUUUUGAGUGUAUUUUCUAAAGGGCUUAUUUCUCUAUGAAAACCAUACAAAAAUAAGCCAAACCAUACAAGGUGAUGGUUCAAGAUAGGGGGCUGAAAGUUACGGUGUUUCUAUAUUAUAAAAUGACAGUAUAAAAAUCCGAUAUUCGUCACAGAGGCCACUUCUCCUUCCUUAGCCUGCUAGACCCUUUUGUUAGACUUUAUGUUAAUGUAAUUAGGUUUACGAAUGGUCACUUUAUUGUGCGAACGACGCUACAAGAAAAUCACGACUCUAAUGUCAACGCGUUAAAAUAUAUUUUCGAACAAUGUUUGUCUACGUAGUCAGUGGAUAAAAUCUCCAAAAAGGCGAGAUUGCGAGGGGCUGGUCCUUAUUCGCAAUCAUAAGUAAAUGUUAUCUUCCCAUACAAAGCGUGAGAAUAUCACCUGUACAUAGUUUUAAAGAUUUUGUUCCAUGGUUAUUUCAUGUUUAUAAUAUGCAUUAUUUAAUUUUGGAGAAAAAAAAUAUAAUCACCAAUUGCAUUUUAA